UUUACACACUCACGAAAAAGGAGGGGACUAGCGGCGCAAAGUAUGCUCGCGGAGCAAGCGUAGAGCGGUGGUGAGGAAAGUGGCGGUGUCACAGCAUAGGCUCACUAUAUGGUAAAGAAGAGGUAACUUAUUCUAGGUUUCAAAAUUGCGUUUUACAGCGGAAUGUUCACUCGAAGGGGCCAUGGAGACGUCAAGAAAUCUACACAGAAAGUUCUGGACCCAAAGAAGGAUGUAUUGACCCGACUGAAGCACCUCCGGUCACUGUUAGAUAUCAUUGAGAAGAGUGAAUUGAAGACCUUCUUCGAAAGCAACUGUUCGCAGAUUUAUUUUAUCUUCUAUGAAAAUUUCAUUACACUGGAAAGUAACUUAAAGCAAAAAGGGAACAAGUCUCAGAGGGAGGAGCUGGACUCUAUCCUCUUUAUUUUUGAAAAAAUUCUGCAACUUCUACCAGAACGAAUGUACAGUCGAUGGCAGUUCCACAGUAUAGGUUCUAUUCUGAAAAAGCUUUUGCACACUGGAAACUCGUUCAAGAUCAGAUGUGAGGGAAUUCGUCUGUUCCUGCUGUGGCUGCAGGCCCUGCAGAAUAACUGUGCAGAGGAGCAGUUCCUCAUCUUCGCCUGCCUGGUGCCAGGCUUCCCUGCCGUGCCCUCCACCAGAGGACCCUGCACCCUGGAUACCAUCAUCUACAACCCUUUCUCCAACCCGCCCGAUGCCAAGGUGGUGCCUGAGGAGAUUACACCGCUGGUGCCAGCUGUGCCAGGGGAGAAGCUGGCAGACGACCAGACCUGCUACAUCCUCCAAACCCUGCUCAAGUUUAUGGUUGUCCAGGCGUCCAGUUUAGAGUGGAAGAACAAAGACAACCAGGAUUCCGGCUUCAGGUUUCUCUUCAGUCUGUUCAAGAAGUACUACCUUCCUCACCUCUUCCCCUCCUUCACCAAGCUCACCAACCUUUACAAGCCGCUUUUAGACCUCCCCCACCACAGACCAAAGCCUCUGUAUGUCCCGGUGACCCGUAACAACGAGAGCACGUUCUGUACGAGAGACCAGUACCUGGCUCCCCGUGUGGCCUUCAUCACCUGGCUGGUCACCUUCUUCCUGGAGAAGAAGUACGUCAGCGCCGCCACCCCCAGCGUCCGGAACGGGACUAACGAGGUCAUCCCCAAACUUAUCCAGACUGUCACUGCAGGUAGUAGCAGUCAGGAGAAGGAUAAAGACCGUGGUGGCGAGGGGGAGCCCAACGGCCCCACGGAGCCAGAGAAGAGCCACUCUAACAGUAGCACGCUGUCUGACCGGCGCCCCAGCGACUCCAGCCUGUGCAGCAUCGACGAGGAGCACCGCAGCGUCUACGACAUGGUGCACGCCAUCCUACUCUCCACACGGGACAACAUCAACUUCGUCAAUGAGGUUUUUCACCAGGCCUUCCUGUUGCCCUCCUGUGAGGCGUCAGCGACCCGGAAGGUGAUCAAGGUGUACAGGAAGUGGAUCCUGCAGGAGAAGCCAGGCUUCAUGACGGAGCCGGAGAAGAGCAGACAGGCCGAGGUGGAGGAGAACCCAGAGCAGCUGCUCAUCACGGAGCCCGAUAGCACACACACACAGGCGUUGGAGAGUCAUGGUCACAAACGCUCGUCCAGUUGGGGCAGAACAUACUCCUUCAGCAGUGCCAUCAGCCGGGGCUGUGUCACUGAGGAACAGAACAGAGACAUCAAGGCUGGCAUCCAGCCCACCCUGCAGGUGUUCCUGACCAACUCGGCCAACGUGUUUCUGCUGGAGCCGUGCCCAGACGUGGCCAAGCUACUGGACAACCAGGUGGAGGUGUGCAAGGGGGUGCUGAGCAUCUACCGCCACGUGAUCAUGGAGCACGCCAUGAACACACAGACAUGGGAGCAGAUGCUACAGGUGCUGCUGAGGAUCACUGAGGCGGUGAUGAAGAGGCCUCAGGAGAACCAAAGAAAAGACAUUUUUGCUGAGAGCCUGGCUGCCAUCCUUUUCCGGACGAUCAUCGUGGCGUGGGUACGGGCCAACCUGUGUGUGUUCAUCUCUCGGGAGCUGUGGGACGAGCUGCUGUCUGUGCUGUCGUCUCUGACAGGCUGGGAGGAGCUGGUGACCGAGUGGGCCAGCAUCAUGGAUUCUCUGACCGCGGUCCUGGCCCGCUCCGUUUACGGCCUGGACAUGAGCAACCUGCCCCUGGACAAACUCAGCGAACAGAAGGAGAAGAAACAGAGGGGACGGGGGGUGAUCCAGGACUCCCAGAAGGCAGCAGCGGUGGCCAGGUCCUUCUCUUUGAGCUGGAGGAACCAGGGAGACCAGCAGGGGGUCCAGGAGCCCAUGAGGUUUCGCAGCGCUACCACCUCAGGGGCCCCCGGCGUGGAGAAGGCACGCAACAACGUCCGACAGAAAGCCACAGCUAAGCGAAGCCAGUCUAUCAGCAGCUGUGUCCAUCUUUACGAGGCUCUGCCCGCUACUAAAAGCGUUCCUAUGCUGCUUCACACUGUGAGCUCUUUCUUGCCUGGUCUCUCCUCCUCUUCCGGUAACUCUUGCUCUCACAGGCUUUCAGAUGUGGAGGAGGGCCAGUUGUCUGAGUGUGGGGGAGACGGGGAGCUGGAGGCUGGAGACAGCCCUCUACCACGCAGCAGCAGCACCUCCGACAUCACACAGCAACUGACUGACACCUUCCCAGGCCACAAGAGGGAGUACUCCCCCAACAACUCCUGUGGCUCCGAUGGCAGGGCGUCGGAAGCGAGGACAGACGGCGACCCGCCAGUGAUUCUGAUCCGGCGGAGCAGCAGUCCGGUUGAUCUGGACUACUCUGUAGAGGGACACAACAACUAUGCAAGGCCCACGCCCCAGGAGAAAAGUGUGAGUGUGAGCAGCGAGACGUCCAACGGCUACUUGAACGACGCUGACGGCAGCCUGCUGGCCUGGCAGGCCUUUGAGGAGGAGGCAGACACCCAGUCAGCCCAGAUAGAUGUCACAGCCGACACAGGGAUCCAGAGGAACCUGCUGCUCAGCCACAAUGAGGCCCUGGCAGACAGCCGUGAGUGUCUGACUGAUGAUGUCAGCAUCAUCGCAGGCGGGAGCCUGACCGGCUGGCACGCUGACUCCGCCUUUGUGCUCUGGAGAAGGAUUCUGGGUAUCCUGGGGGACGUCAACAGCAUCCGCUGCCCCAGGAUCCACGCCAAGAUGUUCAGUUACCUCUACGACCUCUGGCACAAACUGGCUAAGAUCCGGGACAACCUGGGCAUCAGUGUGGAUAACCAGUCAACUCCUCCCCGGCCUGUCUUCAUCCCUCCUCUCAGAAUGCUGGCCUCCUGGCUCUUCAAGGCCACCAUGCUGCCUGCAGAGUUCAAGGCUGGUAAGCUGCAGGCCUAUAAACUAAUCUGUGAGAUGAUGACCAGGAACCAGGACGUGCUUCCCAACAGUGACUUCCUGGUCCAUCUCUACCACGUCAUGCACAAGGGCUUCACCAGCGUGGACCAGGACGUUCUGAACACAGUGAUCCGUUCCUUUUCCCCGCGCUUCUUCUUCCUGGGCCUGCCUGGCUUCACCAUGCUGGUGGGAGACUUCAUCACCGCUGCAGCACGCGUCCUCAGCAACGACUCCUCCGAGGCUCCGAGGAUAGAAGCACAGACCGUCCUUGGGUCGCUGGUCUGUUUUCCCAACCUUUACCUGCAGAUUCCACUACUGCAGACCGUUCCCGGAACUGAUGACAUCGUCGUCGGGAACGAGGACAUCAAGGACUAUCUGGUCAACAUCUUACUGAAGACGGCACGGACUGAACCCUAUGAAGCGGCCAGGUGUAUAGCUGUAUGUAGUCUGGGCCUGUGGGUAUGUGAGGAGCUGAUGCAGCAGAAUAUUCACCACCAGGUCGAAGAUGCCAUCAAUGUUCUGGGCGUAACACUAAAGUUUGGGAACAAAGCUGUGGCUCAGGUAGCCUGUGACCUGUUCCAGCUCCUCAUCUCUCACUGGGAACACCUCCAGAGGCUAGAGCGCUCUCUCCCAAAGAAAAUCAUUGAGAUCUUUGUGGCCACUAUAGCAUUUCUGUUGCCGAGCGCAGAGCACUCGACAGUGGAGGCUGACAAAAAGCUAAUGGUGUCUUUGCUGCUGUGCCUGCUGGACUGGUGCAUGGCCAUGCCCCUGAGUAUGCUGCUGGAGCCCAUCACCAUGCCCGUGCUGGAGGACCCCGCAUCCCACAAGGCCCCUCUGCUCGACUACAUCUACAGGGUGCUACACUGCUGUGUCUCUGGCUCCAACCUGCACACCCAGCAGAGCCACUACCUCCUGAGUCUGUCUGACCUCUCCACUGACUACGACCCCUUCCUCAUGCUGGGUCAGGUCCAGAGCUCAGAGCCCCUUCUCUCGCACACCGCUGCAGACUUGGGCAGCCUGCUCACCGUUGCCGAGGAGAAGAAAAGGCGGAACGUGGAGCUGAUCCCUCUGACAGCACGGAUGAUCAUGACCCACCUUGUGAACCACCUGGGCCACCAUCCCCUCAGCGGUGGUCCUGCCCUCCUACACAGCCUGGUCAGUGAGAACCACGACAACCCCUUUGUGGAGUCAUCAGAACUCUCCUCUGAGGUGUUCAAGAGCCCCAACCUGCAGCUGUUUGUGUUCAACGACAGCACCCUGGUGUCCUACCUCCAGGUGCCCUCGGAGCCCUCUGGUCCAGGGGAACCCCAUGACAACUCCUCCCAGGUACGCGUCAUCGUGAGGGACAUCUCUGGAAAGUACUCCUGGGACGGAGGGGUUCUCUACCGCACCCAGGAGGGAGUCAAUGGGAUGCAUCAGGCGAGUGAAAACUCCUCCAACCACUCCACCACCAAGCCCACCUCGCCGGGGACCUCUGAUCCCUCCUACCCCCCAGGCUGGGACUCCCAGUCAGGCUGUGAGGAGGUGGAUGUCCUGGACCAACUCCUGGAGGACCUUGGCAACAGCAGCCCGGAGUGCCUGCCCCAGCCCCGGCUGAGGCUCAACCAGCCAGCCCCCUCUCCCUGUGGGAUGAACCUGGAGCUGGAGGGGGCCAUCGUGGAGGCCAUCCUCAGGCAGACACAGCAGGAAGAAGAGCAGGUGAAGAGGUGGAAUGCAGACGUGAGCGUCAAGGCCGCCAGCCAGAGAGAACCCACUCCACAGGAGCCCAAAGCCCCUUUCUACUUCUGCAGACUGCUACUCAACGACCUGGGCAUGAACUCAUGGGACCACAGGAAAAGUUUUCAUCUCCUGAAGAAGAACUCUAAACUCUUGAGAGAAUUGAAGAAUCUGGAUUCCAGGCAGUGCAGAGAGACACACAAGAUCGCUGUGUUCUACAUCGGAGAGGGUCAGGAAGAUAAGUGCUCCAUCCUGUCCAACAGCGCAGGCAGCCAGGCCUACGAAGACUUUGUGUCUGGCCUGGGAUGGGAGGUUGAUCUAGCCACCCACUGUGGCUUCAUGGGAGGGCUUCAGAGGAACGGCAGCACAGGACACACUGCUCCAUACUACGCUACCUCCACGGUGGAAGUCAUCUUGCAUGUGUCCACACGCAUGCCGUCCAACUCGGACGACUGCCUCACCAAAAAGCUGCGUCACCUGGGCAACGACGAGGUUCACAUAGUGUGGUCGGAGCACAGCAGGGACUACCGACGCGGCAUCAUCCCCACUGACUUUGGAGAUGUGCUGAUCAUCGUGUACCCCAUGAAGAACCACACGUUCUUCAUCCAGAUCAUGAAGAAACCACAGGUCCCCUUCUUUGGGCCUCUUUUCAACGGCGCCAUCGUCACCGGAACGCUGCUGCCCAGCCUUGUGCGUGCCACCUGCAUCAACGCCAGCAGAGCUGUCAAGUCCCGCCUGACGCUUUACCAGAGCUUCUAUGAGGAGCGGGCGCUGUACCUGGAGGCCAUUGUGCAGAACCACCGGGAGGUCAUGACCUUUGAGGACUUUGCCUCGCAGGUCUUCUCCCCUUCACCCAGCUACUACCCAAUGAGUGGGACAGGCUCUCUCAGCGGCAGCACGAGCGCUGAGCUCAGUGUUUCUUUAGGAACGGACCAGGCGGACCAGGUCUCCCCCACGAUUCACCGUGCCACAAAGAACAGAGUUUCCGGAAAACUCCGCCGAUCAGCCAGCGCCAUAAGCAAAUCUUCCAACUGAGCUCUCUCGCCCGACCCACUUCCCAAACCUUCCCUGCUUCGUCUUUACUACAGGUCCUGCUGUGAAACCUCAUACCUUAACCCCUCAUGACUGCAGUUUGGGUGUGUGCGUUGUUUGUUUUAUAUCUCGUUUAAAAAUAUAACUGGAGCAUAUUGCAAUGUUUUAUUUAUGUGGCAGUUAUUGAUACUUUGAUACAUUUCCAAUUGUUUUACUGUUAAACGCCAUAUUUGACCUGAAGAAAAGAUUUAUGCUAUUGAAGUGUGUUCCGAUGUUGCUGCAUUUUCUGAAAGAAUCUGAUUUAAUAUCACUUGUCAGUCAGUACAGCGAUUAAAUAUAGAGAGGGAAUUGACUGAACAAUCAUGUCUGGUGGCUUAAAGUCCACAUAUCAUCAACAUUUCAAAAUUCCCUUUAUAUGUCACAACAAGGAUCUCUAUGGUUGUGACAUAGAAAAGGAAUAUGAUCACCCAUAUGCAUUUUGGUAAAGGUCUUUCCACAAAAUGAGUUCCUUUUGUACCCCUUUGAUAUUUUUAAGUAGAAAUUGUGCACCAAUAUUGAAUUUUAAAAGCCUCUUAUAUUAAAUUAAGUGCUCUUUAAAAGACUCCACAUGGAGAAUUCAAUAAAUCUGUUUUUCUUUCAUGAAUAAAGACUUGCUGAAGUGCCAAAAUGCAGCGUUUUGACAUUUCCCUCUGACUUUUCGGAAGAUAUUAACCCACUUAACCCCCAAAUUCCUCCAAGUCUUGCUUUAAAAAAGUCAUUCCCUCGUUUUAAGGUCAACCCUGCUAUGUGAACUUUUACUAUAAUCUACUAGUAAUCAUUUUUUCAAAAGAAACGUUGAACAUCUCAUAGUAAAAUCCUAGUGUAAAAACAGGUUCUUGAUUAGCUGGUUAUCUUUUUGCCUAUUUUCUGGUGUUUUGUGUUGGAGAACUGAGCGGGUCGAGCAUAACGCAUUAACCCUGUUACUCAUAGAUAGACAGGCUAGAAUUUUUUUAAAUAUUUUUUUCUAAAAUGGUGAAGCUGCAUUCAAUUGCCCCUCCCUGUCCCUGAACACAAGCUUCCAAUCCCCCUGUCGCAAGGGGAAUUAUGGCGGAUUUAAGAUUUUUUUUCAUUUUUUUAUUUAACCUUUUACUAAACUAGGCUAGUCAGUUAAGAGCAAAUUCUUAUUUCCAUUGACGGCCUAGGAACAGUGGCUUGACUGCCUUGUUCAGGGUGAAAUCAUCAACCCUAUUACUUUUUUUGGCACUUAAUAGGCACUUAAUCUUUUUAUUUAACCUCUUGAGAUGGUAAAACCUGUUUUUUUAUUAAGUUGAACAUGUGUUCUUUAUGGACACAUGUUAAAUGUUAAAAUUAUAUGAAAUAAAACGUAUUUUUCUUCACCAAGUUACACUACCCAAAAGGGACUCAUUUCAUGGUUUUCCCAUCUCAUGCCCCCCCACGAUUCUGCUCUGUAAAUCACUGAUGAUACUCUUGCUGCUGACAGGAUAGGAUCAUAUUUAAGUAUGUUGUUGUGUCCUUGGCCUUGAGCCAUGGAAGCCUGUGUGUCUGUUUGGACCAUACUCAUCCUCAUGUUGUGGAGAGGUGGAAGGGCUGACAUAGGAGGUGCUGCUCUAGCAUAAUGCUGCACCACACCACACACUUCCUGGUUACGGAGGGCUGUGAGCCAAUGCAGUAGGAGUCUGUUUUUAAUAGUUAUGAACCUGGAGUGGACAAUCAACGAUGUCUUUCCAACCCUGAGGUGAAUCGAAACUUGUGUUGGGUUUUUUAUCGCUGUAAGGACCUUUUUAAAUGGAUUCUGAUGGAUUUUUGUCUUCCUUUGAUUUAUGCAACUGCUGGAAGUGAGAAAAGACUGCAUUUCUAAUUGUUUAGUGAUGUUACCCUGUGUAGGAUUGUUUAACCUGGGUUCAUAACCUGUAAUCCAGUAACUUCCAUCUGGCUCUUCCUCUGCCAUUGUUCUCUCGUGUUGUAAAGUUAAGAAUGACAUUCCAAUGUUCCUACAGAUGAACUUUUGCACUCACUGUCGUUGAUAAACUAGCAAUGAAUGUGUAUGUUCUCUUUAUUCUUGGAUGUAAAUUGCUUUAUUUGAUGUUUGUGGUGUUGUAUAAUGUAUACAUGUGUUGUUUUAGAGGAAAACGCCACCAGAGCCUCAGGUGAAUCUUAACUCCAUGCACUGGUGUGUGUGUGUGUGUGUCUGUAUGGCUGUGUGUAUUUGUGAAGGAGCUUCUCACAGUGCCUGUGUAAUGUCUGUCCACCAAGAUCCAUUCCAAGACCCCCACCACUGUAAACCACUGUUAGACAUCAUUGGAUUUAUUUUGUUUCUGUUCAUUGCAAGAGCAAAACGGCUAGCCUUGCCUUCCUGUCUCAUGUCUUUGUUCUAGAGGGAGAGACUGUUUUUUUCCCCCCCUGUAUGACUGUAAAGGUCAGCGUCUUGUCCUCCCCGUCCUCACACGUUUUAUAUGAACAGAUUGACUGGGUUUGGCCCACUUUUGUUUCGUCUUUAUUUGAGGUGCUCUGUUCUCCUUUCUCUCUGAAUUGGAAUCAAAUGGCACCUACUCCUCCUAUUUCCCAUGAUGCACCCCGAGUAACCUCGUGAGGCCACAGUGGAGGGGUGGGGGGCUGGGGAGUUAGAAGGCAUACCAGCGCUGUACUCUGGCGACCCUCUUAGCAACAGGCAGGCUGGCGCUAUGCUACUCACGCUGCCUCCUUCGCCACAACCUGCGCCUUUGGGUUGCCAUGGAAGCCAGGUGUUACACACACAUUAUGCAGGGUUCCAUCAGAGCUGCAUCCCUGUCUGUUGCACUACUUUGCCUUACCUGUACAUCCUCUUUCUUUCAUUUUUGUUCUCUCUUUUUUUGUGUCCCUUUCUUUCCCAAGCACUGAUUAAUAACAUAGGAGGCACGAACGGAGAGUUCGUUCAGAGAUAAUGAAGUCCAUUUUGUGAAUUUGAAGAAUGUAUGUAAAUACUGACCUGAGUCAGAUCAAUGCUUUCACCUUCCCAGUAGCCACUGUAAAGAACUACCCAGCUCUUUUUACCAGUCUUCUUAUGGAGUCUAGAUUGUAGAUUAGAUGUUGUGGAUGGGAUCCCUGUUAUAUAUGGGAGUAAAUGGGCGUAUGGUUUGAUUUGACCAGGGCAAGGAUUGUGUCUUACUCAAGACUGGUUCAACUCAUGUGAAGCAACAGAGUUAGUGUUAAUUCUAGGUUUUGGUUUAGGAAUCCUGUACAUUGUGUCAAAUCGAGGGUUUUAGUCCUUUACCAUAAAUAUAUUAAUGCCUGUAAUAUAAUAUUUGUAUAAGAGGAAGAGUGGAAAAAGGCUUGAAGAUUUCAUCAUUACUUGUUAACAUAUCGAACCGUUUUUAAUGACUGAAGUCAUACUAUCUUUAUUAGAAAUGUGAAAAUCAAAAACAUUUCAUUAAAUCAAUUUGAAAUCCUA